UAAAUAGUCAUUGAUCUUCUUAAAACAAUUUUCUAAACUUUGUUAGUUUAAAGUAAAUAGUCAAUUUGAACAUCUUGCAUAUAUUUAAAUGACUAUCACUUAGUAGCAACACCUGACAGAUACUAUUCUUACCAUACAGUUCAGAUGUGGAUGUAGUUAAGAUCAUGACGAAACUUUGCCUACUAGGGUUAACCCUAGCUCUUAUCUGGGGCUUCGCAGCAGCACAGACUAGAGAUGAAAUUGUCAACAAUGUUGGUGGCUACCAGGUGGAGAGAGCACCAACAUACAUUAUAAUGGCACCAAGAAAAAUACGACCAAACCAGGUUUUCCAAGUGUACUGCACUAUUUUACGUCUAGAAUAUAGUGAAAUUAGUCUUCGUGUUUCUGUUAAUAAAGACAGCACAGAAUUUACAGAAGGUGUACUUAAAUUUGAUCAACCAGGAAGCAGAAUCAUGCAAAUGCUUAUGCCUGCUAAUGCACAACCUGGUAGUUACACAAUCAAAAUCGAAGGGAUGUUAAAUGGAGGGGAAGGUGGUUACGCGUUUUACAAUGAAACAAAGAUAGAUUUUGAUGCGAAACAAGCAUCUGUAUUCAUACAGCUGAGUAAACCGAUCUACAAACAGGGACAGACAGUACAUUUCCGGGUAGUACCAAUUCUUCCAGAUAUGAUGCCAAUGUAUGGUAGUUUAACAAUAUAUGUAAAGGAUCCAACUGGCUUCCCUGUUAGACGAUGGCUUGGUCUUCAGACUAAUGCUGGUGGUUUUGUCAGCCAAAAUUUCUCAUUAUCAGACCAGCCAAACUAUGGUAAUUGGUCAAUACAGGUUGAUGCAUAUGGUUAUGAAUACAAAAAAUAUUUCCAAGUUGAAGAAUAUUGGGACCCACGUUUUGAUUUGAACGUAACCACACAUCCGUAUGUUAUGGACAACAUGGACCAUGUUAGAGGAGUUUUGAUGGCAAAUAUAACAACAGGAAAGCCAGUUAUGGGAUCAGCUGAUGUCCAGAUAACUUUGAUUCCACCAAGAGAUGUGUACCCUUAUGAUCAGUUUUAUGCCAUGAAUGCAUACAGAGAUCCCUGGGACUUUAGUAUAUACCCACGUCUAUACAAGCACUACGAUUAUUUUAAAGGGAGGAUUGAUUUUGAGUUCAAAAGACAAGACAUAUUGGACGAGGUACGACGGACAUGGCCGUCUGCCGAUAACUUGAUCGGAUACGAGUGUGUUUUUAACGUAACAGCAAAGGACUGGUUCUUUAACAUGACACAGAAAGGUUUCGCCAGCACGGUUAUCUUCAAUCCAAACAUCAGGGUCAUGUUUAUAGGAGACAAUGUGCGGACAUUUAAACCAGACUCCAUAAUGACGGUCUACGUUGCAGCUAUGUAUUACGAUGGAACACCAGUAGUCGAUAAUUAUCGAAGAAUUCAAAUCACAAAACGUUACAGUUAUUUAGAUGGGGGAGUAACUGGCGGUGUAGAGAAUAAUCCUGAUGAAAAGCAACCUGUAGAUGGUGUUGCCGCGUUUGAUGUACCCAUCCCUGCUGGAUGUUCUUCUGUUGAAGUUAUUGCCAAGUGGGACUAUGAUAUCAGAACAACACAGACAUUGAAAGCUUCACGAUAUUAUUCCCCCAGCAGAAGUUAUAUCUCUGUUCGUACAUCAACAGAUACUCCAAACGUGAACGAGUUUAUGAUUUUCCAUGUGAAAACCAGUCAUUUUGUUCCCAUGAUUUACUAUCAGAUUGUGUCACAAGGAAACAUUUUGAUCGGAGAAGAGCUGGAAAUGAUUUCUCGUCAUAAGACAUUUGCAGUGGCGUUGUCUCGACAGAUGGUCCCCACUGCACGUAUUGUUGUGUACUUUUUGCAGACGUCACCUGAGGAAAUGGUUGUUGACACAUUGAACUUCUUUGUUAAUGGAACAAGAUCUAAUCCUGUAAAAGCAAUUAUCAACAAGGGGAAGGACUUUACUCUUCACUCAAUAGAGAUUAAUGCAAUAGCCGAGCCAGGAUCAUACGUUGCUUUUGCUGCCAUGCCAAAUGAUCUGUAUAGUAAAGGAAUGAAUGAUGGUCUAACAGAAAAUAAUUUGAUUGAUGAGUUGGUCAGUUAUGAUGAGCCAGCAAAGGGAAGUUACAAACAGUUGUGGCGCCUUAGUGACACAGAAUACGAGUACAAAUUCUACGCCUCUACUGGCUAUGGUAUUGAUGCAAACUCAACAUUCAGGCAUGCUGGCUUGCUGGUGUUGUCAGAUGCCAAUAUUCACGAUAUACCAGAUAUGUGUAACUGGGAGUAUGAGCGGCCAUGUUUUGAUGGAACAUGUUACCAUGUCAACAAGACAUGUGAUGGUUUUAUGGACUGUCUUAAUGAUGGUGCAGAUGAACAAGGAUGUACCAAGAUUGAUCCACGCUUUGUUGACAAUAGAACGAUGAACAUGAUUUACAGAGUUAACAGAAAUCUCAGGUUUUAUGAAGACAGUGGUUUUGCUUGGCAGGAAAGAUUUGUAAAACCAGAUGGAAUGGUACAGUUCCGAAUUAAACCACCGAAAUUUCCACUUACCUGGAUCAUCAACGCCCUGUCUGUAAGCAGAGAUAAAGGACUGGGUCUCAUGCAGAGUCCUAUCAGAUAUGAUGCUACAAGAUACAUGUAUAUCAUCGUUGAAGCACCUGAGCUGACAAUUAGAGGAGAACAGAUAGGUGUUAGAGUUACUGUGUUUAACUAUUGGUAUGCUGAUGAUUAUAUCGAGGUAUUGGUGACUAUGAGAGACGGAGAAAAUUAUAAGUUUGUCUGGGUAGAUGAGAUGGGAAUAACUAGCGCCUAUGCUCCACUCACCAAGAGUGGUGAUCAUCAAACUAUUGUCUUUUUGGAGCCCGGAGAAUCAAAGGACAUUUUUAUGCCAAUUGUUCCCACUAUAGUACAGGGGGAGAUAGAGUUUACAGUGGAUGCCUUCUGUUUCAUGGAGAGAGAUUCUGUUACCAAGAAAGUUAGAAUUAUGCCUGAUGGUGUAUUGAACUACUACCACACGCCCUACCUCAUUGACAUGAUUAAGUACGGUUCCGAGACAAUUCCACAGCUACAGAUCAACAUUCCGGAUCAGUUUGUCGUACCGGAGGUCAGGUAUCAUCUGUACGUACCGGGUUCCGGAGUUGCUCAAGUCAGUCUGUUUGGUGAUGUUGUAACACCUGGAUUUAUAACGUACUACAUGAACUGUGAGGAUAUUUUCCGUAAGCCGUACGGUGCUGGUGAAAUGAACAUGUUUAACUUCGCCUACAAUCUUCUCACCUUGAAAUUCAAGAAAGCAAACCAGCAACUUGACCCAGAAGUCUUGUCUCGGGCACUUGACUAUCUUAAUGUUGGUCUCCAGCGUCAGCUCAGUUAUAUGAAGGAUGACGGAUCAUUUAAGAUGUUCAGGGACGAUGAAAACUCAACAAGUAUCUGGCUGUCGGCUUUUGUAGCUAAGACGCUACACGAGGCAAGGUUUGGCGAGUGGGAAAGAGACUUGUUCAUUCCUAUUGAUCUCAUCGAUAAAAUUGUCGUCUGGUUGUGUGAAAAACAGAAUGAAACUGGAGCAUGGUAUCCUGAAGGUCAAAUCUAUGACAGGAAAUUUUCAUCACAAUCGCAGACAGAUCAAAUGAUGUAUGGGCACCCUGUACCACUGACAGCUUAUGUUCUUAUUGCCCUGUAUAAAAUAGAGACUGAUGUAUCCGGGGCUGCCCUGAGUUGUAUAGAUAAAUCACGACAACUUGCCUCGGAAUAUUUAUCAAGAGAGGCAUUCAACACACCAAAUAGAGAAGUAUUCCACCUGGCUGUAUCAGCUUAUGCCUUGUCCCUUAGUCAGCAGAAGAGUAGAACAAUCUUUGAUAAACUCUGGUCUCUUAGAAAUCAAUCCAAUGAAAUCUACUUUUCUGAUUCACCAAUGCCAGAGAAUCCCUCGGACUUUAUCAACACAGUACGAUAUCUGUUACCAAGGACAGAAUUGAUGAACGACGGUUACGCUGUACAAUCUACGGCGUACGCUCUCAUGGCCCACAUCAAACAUAAUGGCAUGGGAAUCGACACAGAUACCAAAAUACAGAGAGAUUCCAUGAUGAAAUGGCUCAACCAUAUGAGGAAUUUCAUUGGAGGAUUUGCGUCCACACAGGACUCAUUGACAGCUAUGGAGGCACUCUUUGAGUUUACCCAGGUAGAUCCUAACAGGAACGUGUUUGAGACGAUGAUUACAAUGGAGGCCUCAUCAACACCUACAUGGGUAGAAACUGUUGCCAUGACGAAGACUAAUUACACUGACAUUGCCAUCAGAUAUGUACCUCAAGAUUUUGUAUAUGGGUCUAUAAGGGUGACGGCCCAGGGUGUUGGUAGAUCUAUGAUGCAGCUGACAACCACAGUAAAUGUAGAAUAUCGAUUCUUGUUGAAGGAAACACAAGAUCAGACACAAUUCUUUGAGCUGACAUCAGAUUAUAUCAGAUUUACAGGCAGGAACUCUUCUGUGAUGGUUAUGAACCCGUGUAUUAGGUGGGUAUAUUUAGACAAGAGUUUACAGUCAGGACUUACAGUUCUAGAGAUUGAUGUACCAACCGGCUAUGUGGUAAUGAAUCAUACAUUGAGGGACUAUGUAAACUCCGGUAUCGUGCCCAACCUGAAACGUGCUGAAUUCUAUUACAGAAAAGUGGUUUUCUAUUUCUCACAUGUGGACAACAGUAAGACAUGUGUAAACUUCCAGGCAGAUAGAUGGUAUCCUACUGCUAAUAUGACCAUACAACACAGAAUGAGAGUCUAUGAUUAUUAUGAACCUGGUAUGCACAACACAACUCUUUAUUCGACAUACAACAUGUUUAAUCUGAACAUAUGUUACGUGUGCGGAUCUUAUCAGUGUCCAUAUUGUCCGUACUUCAAUGUGGGCACGGUGAUAAAAGCAAGUUUCACGUGUGUAGCCCUCAUCCUAGGAUUCCUUGCAAAGAAAUAUGCAUUACGGACAAGCUAGUAAUAAUUUGUGUAUCUAUCAUUGCAACAUUCCUUGAAAAAACAUUAUUUUAUUCAUUUGUAAAUAGUGAAUAUAUUCCAAAGGAACUUUUUAUUUAGUCAAAACAGUGUUUUAUUUAGGAUUGAUGAUCUAUAGGACACAGUCUGUAUUUAGUUCUAUAUGGCCAGGUAACAAUGCCUCGUUGGCAUUCCUGGAAUCUACAUACCUAUCACUGCAUAUAUUGAAUUUAUAUCAGUAGAUUGUUUUAAUUUGUCAGAACAUUUAAGUGGUUUAUGUAUAGUGCACCCUCUAGCUAAAAUGACCUCAAGGUUUUUCAUCUACAAGAUUCAGAAGUCGAGCAUAAUCCAAAUAACAACAAAGUGAUUUAGUUAUCUGUUGUGGGUGAACACCGCAUUCAUCCAUUCCAGCAAAUAUCCAUUUAUACACUACUCAUACUUACUAUAUGGAUGAUCUGUGACACAAAUGUCGGAAUUUGAAUUGUUUAAAAUCUCAUAUGAUCAGUUCUAGAAAGAGUCAUUUA